GCAAUGGCGGAGACGAAGAAGCUAAGCGGAGAGGAUGCUCCUCCCAGUGAAUCCACGAACAUGUCCAGCUACAGGGACUGCAUGGAUACGAUACUGAAGCUGCUUACACAUUUCAAAAAAGAGCUCAAAUUAGGUGAUGCUGCCUUGAGAAUAGAAGUGAACCCCAGCGCCAUAAAUCCUUCAUUAUCCCCAGCUGCUCAUGUUUACGACUGUUUGCAGGAUCACAUCAUUAAAUUACAGGCUGUUUCAGAAAGCCUCAAGUCACUGGUGGAUGUCGGCGGUGUCACAGCGAUCAAUGACAAGACAACAACCGAAGAUUUAACAUUAUCUUCGGAGAAUGAGCAGACAGCUGCAUUGUCCGUGCACCGUCAUCACAGCUUGGAGGAUAUGGAGAGCAGGACGCCAGCUGAUGACGUUAUGGUUCAGAUCCGAGCUGGAAAUUCAGAGAUUGAGCGAAGAAUAUCUGCAUUUAUGGAACGCAAGCAGAUGGAGAUCAAUGAAAACAAUGUGCGCGAGUUUUGCAACGUGAUCGACUGCAAUCAGGAAAACAGCUGUGCCAGGACAGAUGCGGUGUUCACUCCUUACCCAGGUUUUAAAAGCCACGUGAAAGUCACGCGGGUUGUAAACACUUACGGACCACAGACUCGCGGCGGGGGGGGCCAAGGAGAGGCUGGGGAGCAGUGGAGGGGGGCAGCGGCAAGAGACUGCGGGAAUGCGUUCAUAGAGGAGCGACUUCAAAACAUCGAGACUCACCUGAAACUCCUAUCAGUGGGGCCGGUCCCAUUGAAUGUCUACCAGAGACUGAAAAAGCUGGAAGAUCGUAUUCUGGAGCUGGAGGGACUCUCGCCUGAGUACUUUCAAUCCAUGAGUCACGUCCACAAGCGCCCAAAGACGUCCCGCGCUCAGGCCUGCAGUCUGACGGAGCUGGAUGAGAAGAUCAGCGCAGUGAAAGCAGCGCUCCUGAAGAAGGUGUCGGACUUCGGACCCGGAUAUGGGACAGAUGCUCCGCUCUGACGCGCUCACAAAACCAGAGCUGCAAACACAAUGUACUGGCUCAUUCAUUCAAAAAGCAUCGUCAGUGUUUUGUUUCCGCUCCUCCAGCACUUUCAUUCAUGCUGUCCGAAGCAUCAUUUUGGGGACUGAUGUAAUAACAGAAGCGCCUCCAGUAAAACUGCAAUAGCCAGUUAACAGUUUCAUGUUACACUUCGUCAUCAAACAAGUUGCAGUUCAUUCAUUUUACAAACUACUUGUAGAUUUGUUACAUAUCUAUAUGUAUAUAGACUUUCAGUAAGUCAUUCUGGGGCAUAGGCUUUUAUCUUGUGCGUCGCUUUGUUCAGCAUCUGUCAAACAUCUUUAAAAGCGAUUGAUGUUGCAAAGUGUUCAGUUCAGCCUCUAAGAUACAAAAGUUUAAAUGUGACUGUCAUUUCUGAAGUCUGAUGGGAUGUACUUAGAAAGCAUAGAAUGUUUGUUUUUUAUAGUUAAAUCAAAUGUAAUUGUUCUGAAAAUAAAUGUAUUUUUCUUCCAGUUUGAAAACUUGGUCCUGUAAUUUGAUUUAAAUUAUUACUUGCAGCUGGACUGCAACAACUCAUUG